GUUGGACAAAAAAUGUUGUGUGUCGUUUGUUUUUUCGCAGUGUUUUAAUAAGUGUGUGGUGUGUUUUCUCUUUUUCUAAUAAACUCCCAAGAAAUUUUAACUUAUUAAACAAACCCUUAAAACAACAAAAUUAAUUAAAAGAAAUUUGUAGCAAAACUACUAAGCCGCUUAAGUGGUUAUAAAAAGUGUUUAACAAAAAAAUCUUUCCAAAACACCAAAAAAAAAACAAAUAAGUGUUAAUAAUGAGCGAUUUGGAAAAUGCCAAUUCCGUGUUUGAUAUAAGUGUUAAAUUAUGUUCUGCCAUUGAAAAACAUAAAUGUCUUUACGAUCGCAAUUCGGUGCGUAAAAAUUCUACGCCAGAAUGUGAAAAGGCUUGGCAAGUAGUGGCGAAAGAGUGUAAUCAAACCGUUGAUUAUUGUAGAAAUCGUUGGAAGAAUUUACUGCGAGCUUUUUAUCAGGGUGUAAAUAGACGUGGUAACCCCUAUUAUUUGCAUGAUUAUAUGAGCUUUCUUUUGGAAGAUGAAAAAAAGACAAAAUCCAAACGACAACCAGAAGCGGCUUUAAAUGAUGAAACCAAUUCCACUAUUACACAUGAUGAAAUAGUCAAUGUAGAUGAUGAUGCAGCUGAUGAAAGUGAUAGUAAUACCAAUAGUGCUGAUGAAUCGAAUGAAAAACUAGACGGAAACAAGAGCCAAAGGGGUGGAAGUGGUGUUUUUAUUGUAGAUGAAAUCGGUGAAGAAGCUGGUGAGGGUGAAAAUCGCGAAAGGCGUUUAAGUUAUAAACGUUCAUGCAAAAGAGGCUUGGAUCCUGAGUUACUGGGUGAAUUAGGAGAUGAAGAUUCACAAGAACCGGAGUCUAAACGUACACGUAAAGUUGUCAAGGAAGGAGGAAAACGUUCGGAGGAUAAUGAUUUAGAGUUGUUGCCUAAUAAAAAAGUUGUGGUUAGAAUAGAUAAAAUUAAAAUCAACAAACCAUUUAGUGAUAAUAAAAGUGCGCAGGAGUUAGAGGAAAUGCGUUCUAAGAUGAUAAAAGAUACAAUGAAUUCUUCUGAGAGGUUUUUUGUGGAGAAGAAAACCUCGACUCCUAAACCUAUUAAAAUGGUGGAUUGUGGUACUUUUACUGCAGUGGCUACCAGAUGUAUAGGAACACAGUAUGAAGCUUCAAUUGAUUUUCUGGAUUAUGAUGAAAUUUUUAUGCAAUCAAUUAAACAACGUCUUCAGGAAAUGAAUGCUAGACAAAAAAUGAAUUUUAAAGCAAAAAUUUAUCAGUCGUUAUUAGAAGUAUUCGAUGACACUGCCGAUUUUCCAGGAACAAAUGAGGUACUAAAAUUUCCCCAUAAAAAACCGCAGGUGGUUAAUACCACCACGGGAGAAUUAAGAUUAAUGCGUGAAUUGGUUUCUUUGGUGCAGGCAGCCAAAAAUACACCUGAAAUUAUAAAUGCUAAAGAAAAAAUAAAAACAAAUACAGCUUUUACUACGGCUGCCCAACCGGUUCAAGCUCCUACUGCUAGCAAACCCUCUAUUAAAUUGCCGAUGCCUAAUAAUGCAGACAAUAGCUCAAAGGCACAAAUAUCGCCUCUCUCCCUAAGUCCCUCAUUAGAUGAUGAUGAUUUUCAAUUCUCUUUGGACAAUAUAGAUGAUGAUGACGACAUAGAUUUACCACGCACUUGGGAGGAAAUAAAAGCUAAACCGUCAGAAACGGCAAAGACUACAGCUACUGCUACACCAACAGUAGAGGAAAAUGUUAUGGGUUUGCCACGGCGCAUUCUGCAAAAAGUUGUAAGAGUUUCAGGCCCUUCUGGCAGUACUAUAGUAGCUAGAGAUGGCGACAAGAAACGUAUUUAUCGUAUAUAUCCGAAAGCAAUGAAUCCAAACCAUAACAUAACUUCUAGCAUAGCUAAUAAAAAUACCAAUAUGGGUACGUUUUAUGUCACACCAGCUAAGGGACCAGGAGAAACAGUUGUAGUCCCAAACACUAAUAAAAAUCAAAUAACCGUACGUUCGUUCAAUACGAAUAAUAAUACUAAAUCUCCUGUAACAACUUCUAACGCAGAUGUUACAACUUCUGCAAAUAGCAACAAUCAAUCUUCUGUAACUAAUUUGGGAAACCAAACAGCAUUCAAAAAUGUACAUCCCGCUAAUCGUAUACUAAGCUCUACUACUGGUUUAUUUAAAACAGUAGCUUCACCAAAACCUCUUACUAAUACCAUUAAUCAAAAACCUACAAAUGUACAGACAAUCUCCAAUUUCCAAAGCUCCACCGUAACUAAAGUCUCAGCAGUGGCCAAAAAUCCUAUGUUGCCUCCCACUUCAGCUAAUCUUGCGGCUAAAAGACAAAUAGUACGUAGUCACAUUAAUGCUCCACAAAUGAUGCAAAGACGUUAUUCCAUAUGUGGUCCUUUGCCGGUGGAGAAAACCCAAAAUACCCCAACUACUACGACAGGCUCUCCCAUUACGUCCAAAGGCUCUAAUGCACUCAAUAACCUACCACAAACUCAGUCUUCAACGUCUUCUUCACUGUCACAAAUACAAAUCUCACAACCCAUCAGCCUUAAUACAUCAGCCGCUCCCAGCACUAGAACCCAAAAAAUUUCCCAUAUCCAAGCCUUACCAACUCCAAACGUAGGUGACUACUCUACUCCUGUAGCUGAUAUAAAAAUCUCAUUUAAAGAAUCAGCUGGCAACAAACCUAAAACCCCAACCGAAGAAAUACCCAUUCUAGAGACCGCCGGCACAGUGGGUGUUGAUGUUUUGGAUCCAUUGUUUGUUAAGCAGUCCCAUAUUAAAUCGGAACCCUCAGAUGAUUAAACUGAAAGCAACCUAUUUAUAAACUUUUUUAUGUAUGUCUUUUGUAUAUCCUUUUUUUCGUGUUUAUAUGUAUAUAAUUGCAUUACAUAUUAAAAUUAAACCAAGUUUUCAGUAAAUAAAUAUUGAAAUUAAUUUCAAA